CUUUUCUUCCCCCCACAUCGUGCUUUGGUCGGUAACUUGGUAUUACCAGAGCACUAGCUAAGGUACUCCUGACGAACCUAUACCAUUACACACUCUCUCUAACCCCCCCCGUAUCAUCCAGCCGACUAUGAAUGCCGUGGUGGUCCCUCCGCUCAGCUCGUCAUCUUACACCUCCAAUCAUGCUCACCAUAUAUGAAGCUCCUUUCGUCCCCAUGGAUUCUCUCUUUUUCUUUUUCUAUUUCAGUAUCUACUACUUUCUUUUUUCAUUCAUCUGGUUGAUACCUCCCACGAGCGUGCCUUGACUAGGAUUUGAAUCCGCUCUUAAAAAACCACAUCUCCAGCCGCCUUUGUGUCGAUCAUCUCACCCCCACCUAUACGAGACUACCGAAGCGGUGACAUCAGUGUCGACCAACGAGAAGCGUCCGUGUGUGAUCGCAGUCCUGCCAGCGCAAUGGCCCAUUCGCAACAAAAUUACGACAUUGUUGUCGUGGGUGCCGGCCCUGUCGGAAAUCUACUCUCCCUCUGCAUGUCACGAUGGGGAUACAAGGUGAAGCAUAUCGAUAACCGCCCGCUACCCACGGCCACGGGUCGCGCCGAUGGCAUCCAGCCGCGGUCGACGGAAAUCCUGCGCAACCUGGGGUUGAAGCGUCAGAUUAUGGCCUACCACCCCGCCAAGGUGUAUGAUGUCGCCUUUUGGGAUCCCCUUCCCGGGGAACAGGGAAUCCAUCGCACGGGAAGUUGGCCGAGCUGCCCGCGCUUUAUCGAUACGAGGUAUCCUUUCACGACCCUGGUACAUCAGGGCAAGAUUGAGCGCGUCUUCCUGGAGGAGAUCGAGAAGGCCGGCACCACCGUCGAGCGACCCUGGACCAUCGUCGACUUCCAAAAUGAUGGCGCCGAUGCGACCUACCCGGUCGAGGUGCAGCUGAAAUGCAUCGACACCAACGUCGCCGAGACGGUCCGCACCAAGUACCUCUUCAGUGGUGAGGGGGCCCGCAGUUUCGUCCGGGAAAAGUUGGGUAUCAAGAUCCACCACAAGGACCCCAUCUCCUACGUCUGGGGUGUCAUGGACGGUGUUGUGAGGACCAAUUUCCCUGAUAUCGAGACCAAGUGCACCAUCCACUCCGAUGCUGGCUCGAUCAUGGUGAUUCCCCGUGAGGACAAUAUGGUCCGUCUUUACGUCCAGAUCGCCUCCUCCACCGACGCCGACUUCCACCCGAGAAAGACGGCGACCGUCGAGCAGGUCCAGGACACCGCCAAGAAGAUCCUGAAGCCCUACUGGCUCGAGUGGGACCGCGUGGAAUGGUACUCGGUCUACCCCAUCGGGCAGGGUAUCUCGGAGAAGUACACGCUGGAUGAGCGGGUCUUCAUGGGCGGUGAUGCCUGCCACACCCACAGCCCCAAGGCCGGCCAGGGGAUGAACACGGCCUUCCACGACGCGCUGAACAUGGCCUGGAAGCUCCAUAUCGUCGAGUCCGGAAUGGCCGACCGCUCCAUUCUGAGCACAUACGAGACCGAGCGCAAGGACAUUGCCGAGACCCUGCUGGACUUCGACUCCAAGUAUGCGGCCCUGUUCUCCAAGCGCCGCCCGAAUGCCGGCGAGGUCGGAUCGGCCAGCCACACCGUGAUCAAGGACGGUGGUGAGGAGGACGAGUUCGUCAAGACCUUCAAGUCGUCCUGCGAGUUCACAAGUGGCUACGGUGUGGCCUACAAGCCCAGCGUUUUCACCUGGUCCCCCAGCCAUCCCGCCCAGUCUCCCCUGUUCGACAUCCCCGGGGCACGUCUGACCCCCGGGCGUGCGUUCACGCCGAGCAAGGUCACGCGCCUGGCGGACUCCAACUUCGUGGCCCUGGAGCAGGAGAUCCCCGCCAACGGUGCCUUCCGCAUCUUCAUCUUUGCCGGCAACCAGAACCGGACCCAGAAGGCCAUCACCGACCUGGCGGCCAACCUGGAGAAGGAGCGCUCAUUCCUCUCGACAUUCCGGAGACCGGACCUCGCCGACGUGUCCUUCUUCGAGCGCCACCAGCCCCACUCGAAGUUGUUCACCCUGUGCGUGAUCUACGCCGCCAACAAGAACCAGGUGGACGUGGACUCCGUGCCCAAGAUCCUCCGCGACUACCACCACCACCUCUACUCCGACGACAUCCCGGAUGUCCGUGUCCCUCAGGCCCAGUUCGCCGCCCACGAGAAGCUCGGCCUGAACCCCGAGCUGGGUGGCGUGGUGGUGGUCCGCCCCGACAGCCACGUUGCCUGUACCGUGCAGCUGACCGAGGGAAGCGGGACGGUGGAUGCGCUCAACGCGUACUUCAACGCCUUCGCCGCAAAGCCGGUGGGCCAGGAUUCCCAGCAGAGCCGUCUGUAAGCGUUGGUCUUGCGUGUAUCUAUGUUGCGUAGGAUUCCUUGACGAUGCGAUGCUUUGUACACAUUUUUUCUGUUUCUUCGGUUGGAUUCGUUCAUGGAAUGGACUG